AUGGCGCCCGUCAUUCUCGCGAUGGACGUGCACUGCGACAGCUGCGCGAAGAAGAUCAGGAAAGCCGUCAUGAAGAUGCCUGGUGUGGAGAGCGUGUCCGCGUCCUUCGAGACUGGCCUCGUGGUGGUCGAGGGCACGGCCGACGCGGCCGCUCUCAGUGCGCUGCUCCAGUCCAAGCUGGGGAAGCCCGUCACCGUCGUGACCGACGGCGCGGAGGAGGGGGAGGCGGCUACCGCCGGCGGCGGCAGCGUCGCCGCUUCCCCGCCGUCUCCAUAUUGGCCGCCGCGUCGCGCACCUGAGCCAGCUCCAGGUCCGCCCAUCGUCCUGGAGAUAGACCUGCACUGCAGAUCCUGCGCCAAGAAGGUCCAGAAAGUCGUAAUGGAUAUCCCAGGCGUGGAGACGGUCACGACGGACGUGGAGGCGCGCCGGGUGGAGGUCACCGGGACAGCCGACGCGUCGAUGGUGGCCACGAGCGUCGAGGUCAGGAUGAGGACGUCCGUCAGGGUCGUCAGCGACCCCUGGAGACCGGACUUCCCCGGGUACGACCACGAGCGGCGGAAGGCGGCCGCGGCACGAGCGACAGCACAACGGAUGGAGGAGCUGUAUGCGGAGAGGGGGGUGGAGGAGGAGGAUGAGGAAGAGGAGGCGGCGGCUACCGAAGCCAGUGAGCCAGCUCAAGCUCCGCCAGUCCAACAGGUAGGCGGCUACCCGCCUCCAGCGAACGGAGCCGCUCCUCCGGAGGGGUACUACUACCCGCGACAACGAGGAGAAGCGUACGGCGUCCAGCAUUGGGCGACGCCCUACCCAGAGCCGGGGAGCUACUAUCCGGGACAAGGAGGAGAAGCGUAUGGCCAACAGUGGGAGGCGCCCUCGCAGCACCACAUGUACAACGAUGAUAACACCGACGCAGCAUGCUCCGUGCAGUGA